AUGGAAGUUAGAGAUGCUUCACCAGCACACUAUUUGUUGAAAAUUGAGUCUUUCUCUCUACUUUCAGAGAGUGGCAUUGACAAGUUUGAAUCAAAUGAGUUUGAAGCUGGUGGUCAUAAAUGGAGAAUGAUUGUUUAUCCAGAUGGGAACACAGAUGAAAAUGGAAGUGGACAUAUUUCAGUUUACUUGGCCAUUUCAGGGACAACUUCCCUGCCUGCUAAUUGGGAAGUCAAUGCUAUAUUUACCUUCUUUCUGUUCAAUCAACUCCGCGACAAUUAUCUUUCAGUGCGAGGAAAAAUGCGGCGCUUUCAAUCUUUCAAGUGUUUAUGGGGACUUGCAAAAUUUAUUUCUCACAACACAUUCAAAGAGGCCUCUAACGGAUACCUUGUUAACGACAAAUGUGUGCUUGGAGCAGAGAUAUUCGUCGUCCAAAGGCAAGCAAUUGGUGAAUGUUUGUCUAUGGUGAAAUCUACUGACUCAUUUAAGCGAGAAUGGAAGAUCUGUAAUUUCUCCAAGCUUGGUGAAAAUUGGGUUUCUGAAGAAUUUACUGUGGGAGGUUACAAAUGGAAGCUCUCGUUGUAUCCAAAAGGCAAUGCAAACAAUAAGGGAUGUGAUAUUUCAAUAUUUCUAAAAUCUGUUGAUGCUAAGGACUUUGAUCACCAUGAAAAAGUGAAGGUAAAUGGCAGCAUAAACCUCAAACAUCAGACAAAUGGUGGAUGCAAAAAGCUACCUUAUUGUAGUUGGUUUUCAAAUACUACGCCAAGUUUGGGUUAUCCAAAUUUUAUGCCUUUAACUCAGUUGCGUGAUCGGAAAAAAGGUUAUCUUGUCAAAGAUUGUAUUGUAGUGGAGGUUGAGCUAGAAGUUAUUGCGUUUAAGCAUAUAAUAAAGAGCUUAUGUUAA